CAAAAGGCUCUUUGGAAUACCAAGUCACCGUAUCCAAUUCAGAGAUUUUUAUGGAUUAUUAAAUCUCUAAACAAGAAGAAAGGAACUCCUUUUAAGGAAGUUAUUAUUAUUAUCAGGAUUGGCCAUGGACUCAAUAUGGUUUUUACAUCUGUUGGCAGUUCAUGUAUUAUCGGCAGAUGCACAGUUCAACGGAUACAACUGUGAUGCUAAUCAGCACAGUAGAUUUCCUGCUGAAAGAGACAUCAGUGUCUACUGUGGAGUACAGACAAUUACAAUGAAGAUAAACUUUUGCACAGUACUAUUUUCUGGUUAUUCAGAAACGGAUUUAUCCCUGAAUGGUAGACAUGGAGAUGCCCAUUGCAGGGGCUUCAUAAAUAAUAACACAUUUCCAGCUGUGGUCAUUUUUACCAUCAACCUGAGCACAUUGGAGUCAUGUGGAAAUAAUUUAGUGGUAUCCACUGCACCAGGAGUCAAUGCAUAUGGUAAUAUAUCAUUGAUACAAAUAGGCAAUAUUUCUGGAUAUAUCGAUACUCCAGAUCCUCCAACAAUUAUUAGUUAUCUACCUGGACUACUGUAUAAAUUUAGUUGCAGUUAUCCACUUGAAUACUUGGUAAACAACACCCAACUUGCAUCGUCUUCAGCGGCUAUUUCAGUAAGAGAUGGAAAUGGUACAUUUAUAAGCACACUAAAUUUACUCCUUUAUAAUGAUUCAACCUACAGAGAGCAACUGCUAAUACCAAGCACCGGAUUGCCAUUGAAAACAAAAAUAUAUGCAGCAGUGAGGGCAACCAACCUUGACGGACGGUGGAAUGUUUUAAUGGACUACUGUUACACAACACCAUCUGGUAAUCCAAAUGAUGACAUCAGAUACGAUCUCUUCUUCAGUUGUGACAAGGAUCCACAGACAACUAUUUUUGAGAAUGGAAAGAGUCAGAUGGGGAGAUUUUCAUUUGAAGUGUUCCGGUUUGUCAAGCACAAAAACCAGAAAAUGUCUACAGUAUUUUUACACUGUGUCACAAAGCUGUGUCGAUCAGAUGACUGCCCUUAUUUAACACCUACAUGCCACAACAGGGAAAGAAGAGAUGCAGUAAUAAAAACGACAUAUACUCCGCAAAGCACUUCUGGGAAUGCUGUUGUAUCAGCUGGACCAAUUAUUACAAGAAGUGACGAAACACCAACUAACAACUCUCAGCUUGCCCAGACGAACAAUUCUCAUUUCCAGAUCAACUCCGUCACCAGCGCGCUGAUUUCUGGGGUUGUGAUACUUGGUGCAACAAGUUUCUGUUUUUUCAUAUUUUCUCUUGCCCUCCUGAAUAGAAGAAAGCAAAGCAGUUUGGUUUUAUGUGGUGUACGAAAUCCAGCUUUCAACUGA